ACAUCUACUGCGCAUCUACGUCACCAUCCGGUUUCUACGAUUGAGAAGAGCGCGAGAUAGAAAUCCAGGAGCGCGGACAACCUCUGCUCUGCUCUCCAGCUGGCUAAAGGCUGCCUGCAACCAUCACCAUCCAACACAACACAGCACCGAGCCUCCACCACCACCGCUGACUAACUCUUGAAGACAACAAAACACGCGGAAUACAACCAUAUUACACCAAAUACAGACGCACAUGACGUGCAAAGGCUGCAGGACAAAUAACAACAGAGACAGAAACAGAGGGAAAUGUCCUGGUGGCCGCGCGGUGAGGAUGGAGAGGAGGCCAUGCAUCAAGACACCGAUUCUGAUGUGGCAGAGCAGAGAGACGGUGGGAAAGUGAAGGUGAAAUGGACACAAGAGGAGGAUGACAAACUGAAGGCGCUGGUUCAGAAGCUGGGACCAAAUGACUGGAAAUACAUUGCCAACUACAUACCAAGUCACACUGAACACCAGUGUCAGCACCGUUGGAUUAAGGUGUUGGAUCCAGAAUUGGUUAAAGGCCCUUGGACUAAAGAGGAGGAUGAGAAGGUUUUAGAGCUUGUAAAUCUCUACGGCAACAAACAGUGGGCAAUGGUGGCCAAGCAUCUGAAGGGCAGACUGGGGAAGCAGUGCAGAGAGCGUUGGCACAACCACCUCAAUCCCAACGUGAAGAAGUCAUCAUGGACCGCAGAAGAGGACCUCAUCAUCUACAAGGCUCACUGCCUGAUCGGAAACCGCUGGGCUGAGAUUGCCAAGCUGCUCCCUGGAAGAACGGAUAAUGCAGUGAAGAAUCACUGGAAUUCAACCAUCAAACGCAAAUUAGAGAUGGGCUUCUAUGCCGGCGAGGUCUUUAGGCCAGAGGAACUUGAAGAGCUGUUGGCCCGUGUUAAUAAAGAUGUGCAGAUGCCCAGUUGCUCUCAAGAUGGCGCAGAAAACGAACCAGAGCAGAAAGCGAAUCCUUCGUUGCAGGAAACGCCUGUCUCAGCCUCGGAUAAAGCCGGUCCCAGCGAAGCAGGGCCAUCAAAGGCUGUGUCCCCUCCAAAGGACAGUUUAAGCCCCAAAAGUGAAGCAGACACCACAGGAGAGAUGAACGCUACCAGCUGGGUGGUGGACAGCUCUGGCUUUCUCUCCCCUACUGGCCCAGCACUGAAGGAGGUGCUGGACAUGGUGGAUGGGGACCUCGAUGGCUGGUGCAACCUAGAAGCCUUUGACCUGCCUGAGGACAGUCCGAGUCCAGAGCGCCACCGGUUUCGUCUGGAGGGCAGCGCCUUGCAGGAGUUAAGCAAAAGCUGCAAGGGGGAACUCAUCCCUAUCUCUCCUGGAGGGAUCACGCCGCCCUCCAUACUGAGCCACCGAAGCCGGAGACGCAUCGCCUUGUCUCCUGAUACCAGUAGCUCCAUGACUCCCAAGAGCACUCCUGUUAAAAUCUUGCCCUUUUCUCCAUCUCAAUUCCUCAACAUGUGGACCAAGCAGGACACUCAUGACCUGGAGAACCCGUCCCUCACAUCCACGCCAGUGUGCAGCCAGAAAGCCCUUGUUACUACACCGCUACAGCGUGACAAGACCCCCCUCACCCAGAAGGAAAACUCAGCAUUUGUUACACCCAACCACAAGUCCGACCUCUGUACGACCCCACGAACUCCGACUCCGUUCAAAAAUGCCAUGGAGAAGUACGGACCUCUGCAGCCACUGCCUCAGACUCCCAAUCUCGAAGACGACAUAAACGAGGUCAUCCUAAGAGACGGUGGGAUUGACUUGGUUGUUGUACGUACGACAACGCCUGAGCAAAGACGCAAAACGAUGCAUCGGCCUCCGAUGAAGAAAGUACGGAAAUCAUUGGCCCUAGAUGCCGUGGACUGCCACGUGACGCCUAUGUCGAAACGCAAAUCCAUGAAAACUGAAAUCAAACACACCAUCAAGGAAGAACCAGAGAUAGUUUCUAUCAACUCCUCAUCAUUUUGCAAUAAGCAGCAUGAAAAUAUUUUGGAUCAGGGCUUCCUAUUGGGACCCAGUGACAGUGCCAUAUUUCCCAGCACGGUGCCCCCAGUUCUGAUGUCAAAAGAAUGGGAGACGGUUGUUUGUGGACAAACUAAAGACCAACUCAUUAUGACGGAGAAAGCAAGACGCUACCUUCGCUCACUAAAAUCCCACGCUCCCAACCGGGCUCUGAUUCUGUCCUGAGACAUGUCUCGUCUUUACACCAACAUGUUACACAUGCAGAACUUAAUGUUGCUGUUUUCCCCCCUAUACUUUUUGCUGUUGUAAUUUAUGGUGGAGAAAAUGAACAUGCCAUGUGUAGGUUUAGUACAGUUUUUGAACAAGUCAUUAGCAAUCAAAACACUGACAAUAUGUAGCCCUAUCAAUAUUUUGAGAGGGAACGGUUUUAGAUUUAUUCUCACUCCAAUGGCCUUGUGCAAGGCUUGAGUGUAUUGUCACUUAAACAUGAAAAGAACAAUGAAUGUAAAAUUGAAAAAUCACGGCCAUAUACUUUUGCUAUCACUGAAAAGACACGGUUUUACAUUGCAUAAUGUGAAUGUAAUUUAACCGUUUUUUAAAGUUGUGAAGAGUACAAAGAAGACUCGGGCUGCACCUCCAUAUCUUAAAUUCUGUUAUAUAUGGAGUAAAAUUCAGACAGGUUGAUCAGUAAUGCAUUUAGAGAUGAAGGGUCCAUGUUGAAAAUGUUAAAUGAACAUUGUCUUGUUGUAAAAAUCAGUUUAGCAUGUGUCUAGACUUAUAAUAUACAUCUCAAUACACAUAUUAAUAGUGAGGACCUCAGGGGGAAAAUUAGAUGUCUGCUGGACAAUGACUUGUGAUGUAAAGGAGGCAUGGGAGCUGUACCACCGUCGACAGCAAGAGUAUUAUGUUAUUUGGCACUGUUUGUAAAUAUUUAGAGUUGUAUGUUUUUACUUUUGUCAUACAGCAUUUUGUUGAGAAAUUUAAUAAAAUGCAAAUAUAAUAUGUCCUAUA